UUUUCAUGUUAGCUUUACUUCCAGUUAAUACAACUCUUCCUGGAAACAUAAACCUAAACUUCAAGAGCUCUACACUGUGGUGAAUUCAUCUGCAAUGUUUGGAAAUGUGUGCGCAACACAGAAGUGAAGCACUGAGAACUGCAGUUAACUCGACAAACGAGGAAACAGAGAACUGAAAAAUAUAGUUAUAACAAGAAAAGGAAAAAGAAAUGGAUGAAGCAAAUAUACAUACUAGUCUCUUGCAUUUUCAGAUCCUGCAAAUUCUCAGGGAAGAUCCUGCAAUCAGGUGCAAUAUCAUAUAUUCAGACAUUUCUGAUGCCUUCAGGAUGCUAUUUGAGGCAACAGAGGAGGAGCUACGCUACUGUUUAGGAGAAAUUGAGAAAACCGCUGAUGAGAUGGACACAGUGAAGAAGAAUGCCGCCAUUGUCAGUGUGGCAGGGAGCACCGCAGGUGUGAUUAGCGGUGUGUUGUGCAUCAUUGGUCUGGCAUUGGCUCCAGUCACCUUUGGUGCAUCUACUAUCCUCACUGCUGUUGGAACUGGGGUAGGAGUAGCAGCUGGAGCUGCUGGGGUAGGUACAGGGAUUACUGAGACAGUCCUUAAUCGAAAAGACAAGGAAAAGGUCAAGAAACUCCUUGAGAAAUAUGCCAAAGCUUUGAAUGAAAUACAAGAUUUUUUAGGAGUUGAACGUUUAAAAGACAAUGCAAGUACUGAUAAUUUAAGUGAAGAUUCAGAUAAAUCUGAUGCUGCUAUAAAGGCAGCUUCUGUUACUGCAAGAAUAGCUUCACGGGUUCCUCUGAUUGUUGAUGACAUAGCCAGAAUGGCAGAUGCAGCAAGUGAUGGUGCCACAGCUAUAGGCAGAGAUGUGGAUGGUGCUGCAGAUGCAGCAGCUAUUGCAUCACGGUCUGCCGUAAUAGCCGGCGGAGUUUUAAGUGGCGUUUUUAUUGGGGUCGAUAUUAUCAACAUCUGCUCAAACGGCUAUGACCUUGCAAAAGGUCAAAAAAAUGUAUUUGCAAAAGCAAUAAGGAAGACAGCUGGACAACUGAGGAGUGAGCUGGAUUCGUACAGAGGCCUUUAUGAGGACUUUGAAAAGGGCAGCGAGUUAGCCUGGCUAUACAAACAAACUCUGGAUAAAAAGCAAAUCAUGCCUUCAACUUUAUUUUCUUCUUCAGAUACUUUAUUUAGGAUUCUGUUAGUUGUGCUCUGUUUUAUCAUUUAUAUUUUAUUUUAGUUGUGGCAGUAAUCAAAAUGCCAAGAAUUAGUUGAACUUACAAAAUUAGGCCAAAGGAAAAAUUUUAAAGUCAUCAUAGCAGGAGCAAAUCAAACAAACAGUGUAAUCAAAAUGAUCACAUAAAAUUCAAUUUCUCAGUUGCUGUGAAUAAAAUUAUAGGAUGUUUCAGUGUAAUGCUUUCUUUACCCUUUAGCCAUAGGAUAGCGCCCUAAGUUCGUAAAUUCUAUUUCCCUAAACCAAUUUAUAGAAAACCCCUUUAAUUUUAAGUAUGUGUUUUAGAGGAUAAAUUGGAAUCCCUUAACUAAUACCUACUUCCCAGUAAUAAUUUGCCAGCUGUUUCACAAUUAGUAACUUGUAACACAAUUCACAAUAUAAAUAUGUUCCCAAACCAUAUCAAAAUUUAUUGAGUAAAUUGGAACAAUAUCAAAAAUAAAUAAAUAAAUACAUUUAUAGUUAAGACCAAUCAAAAUUCCCACCAAUCAUAGAUUACAGAAAUUAUAAAAUUCACACAAGUUUCAAUAUAUUUACCCUUCACAACAAAUACCUUAUAAGUUCAGGCAGUGUACUAUAACCUUACAAAUGUACCUUUUAGCUAUUUGCUUUUACCAGCACUUAAAACAUCCCACUGAUAAUAAAAAAAACACAAUAACCAACUCUAUAAUAUGAGCAAACUUAAUUACUAAAACCUCGCGUUAACUUAACAACUUUAGGGGCCCACAGACACGCACAUACUCACACACACCCAAGCCAGCGGCCACCAAAAUAAAAAAAUAAUAUUUACACAAACUCCCCUCGU